CUCUUCCUGCCGGCUCUUUUUCCCUGAGGACCCGGUGAAGCUGGUGCGGGGCCGAGGGCAGUACCUGUACGACGAGCAGGGCGCCGAGUACCUGGACUGCGUCAACAACGUGGCCCACGUUGGGCACUGCCACCCUCUCGUGGUCCAGGCAGCGCAUGAGCAGAACCAGGCCCUCAUCACCAACAGCCGCUACCUACACGACAACAUCGUGGACUACGCCCAGAGGCUGGCGCGGACCCUGCCCGAGGCGCUGAGCGUGUUCUUCUUCCUAAACUCGGGGUCAGAAGCCAACGACCUGGCCCUGAGGCUGGCCCGCCAGUACACGGGACACCAGGACGUGGUGGUUUUGGAGCACGCCUAUCAUGGUCACCUGAGCUCCCUGAUUGACAUCAGCCCCUACAAGUUCCAGGACCUGGACGGCCAGAAGGAGUGGGUCCACGUGGCACCUCUCCCAGACGCCUACCGGGGCCUCUACCGAGAAGACCACCCCGACCUAGCGGAGGCCUAUGCCAGCGAGGUGAACCGUGUGGUCAGCAGUGCCCAGGAGAAGGGAAGGAAGUUUGGGGGCAGCCCUGUGUCCUGUGCUGUAGGGUUGGCUGUCCUGGAUGUCUUGGAGAAGGAGCAGCUGCAGGCUCAUGCCAGCUGUGUGGGCGGCUUCCUGAUGGGGCUCCUCCAGCAGCAGCAAGCCAAACACCCCAUCAUUGGGGACGUCAGGGGUGUCGGGCUCUUCAUUGGUGUGGAUCUGAUCAAAGAUGCGGCCACGAGGACACCAGCGACCGAAGAGGCCGACUACUUGGUAUCCAGGCUGAAGGAGAAUUACAUUUUGCUCAGCACUGAUGGCCCUGGGAGGAAUGUCCUAAAGUUUAAGCCUCCGAUGUGCUUCAGCCUGGACAAUGCGCGACAUGUGGCAGCAAAGCUGGAUGCCAUUCUGACAGACAUGGAAAAGACAAUGAGAAGCUGCGAAACACUGAGGCUCCAGGCCUGAACCCACCCUGCCCGGGCAAGCCUCCCCGGGUGAGGGCCCCAUCAGCAGUAUGGCACCUCAGCAAGCGCAAGCUUUGUUUUAAACAUCUGAAUUGUGGGACCAGCAGAGGGCACAAUGUUACGUCGAUGGAUCCCCACAUGGCUGACUGAGGUACACCAAGACUCAAGCAAGAGGACAGCCACAGGGCCACGACACAUCGUGCCCCGCACCACAGUGCAACAUCAACGCCCCCUCUGCCCUGGGCCCCAAGCCACGCGAGAAAGGGCUCAUCCACUCCGAGGGUGGCAACAGCCCCAAGCACAGCCUGAACCCAGGAGUACCAUUGCCAUUCCUGUCCUGCCCCCACUCACUGCCAGCCCACCCGCUGCAGAGGGCCUGAGACCAAAGGACGGCCCAGGCCAGGCAUGGAAAGGCUCCAUGUAGGCAGGGAACAAGACCCAUCUUCAUCCAGGUUCC